CGAAAACGACAAUGGAAUUAAAAUUUACAAUGAAGGUCGACGCAGCUAUGCUCUCUCUCUCUCUGCAAACCUGCCCAGUUAUCACCUGGGCAGUUUCUCAGAAAGUCUGGGUAAACCAUACUAGCCAAAAAAUUGAUCUUUGCAAGUUACAGCAGAUGCAGGGAAGGUUGCUACAUGGAUUAAAGAAACAUAAGCUCAGGAUAAUUACUCUGGAGCUUCCUCGUCUUUCCCUCUCGAAGAUCUACCAUGAAGUUAAAUUGAAAGAGAAUAAAUUCGAAUUUUGGGGAUUCUUGAAAAUCAAAGCUUUACAGAGGCAGAGAAGGAGAGAAGAUGGAAUUUUUGGGAGGACUUCUUCUGGGUCCAGUAGCGCAAGAAUUACUGAAUUUGAUUUUAGAAACCAAAGGUAGGGUUCAUCAUUUCAAAGAUCAUCUGGGGCAACUCCAAUCCACUCUCCAAACCAUCAUUCCUACGAUCGAAGAAGGCGAUCGUUUAAAUGCUCAGUUAACAGAUCAGCGUCCAAGAACCCAUAUCGAGAAAUUAAAGAUAGAGUUGGAGAAAGGGAAGGAACUUAUGUGGAAUUGUUUGAAUAUCCCAUUCUGGAACGUCUUCAACAAGUCCAGAUACUCCCAACAAAUCGUCGAACUGAAUAGAAAUUUGCGUGAUUGUUUCGAUAUGGGAGUUUUGGCAGAUACGUGGCUUCUCAGUCAACAGAUCUUUGCUGAUCUCAGAGAAGGGAGAAAUUUUAGUCUGAGACCAGAGGUUUCAUGCUCUGCUCCGGUCCCAGACAAGACCUUUGGAAUGGAUUUGCCUCUGAUGGAACUGAAGAAGCUAUUGUUUGGAGAGGAUGUGAGGGUUCUUGGGCUGUGUGGUCCUCCAGGUUGUGGGAAGACAACUUUAGCUGCCAUGCUUUGCCGAGAUAAAGAUGUGGAAGAUAGUUUCGAGAACAUAUUCUUCCUUAGAGUUUCAAGCACACCUAACUUGAAGGGGAUAGUAGAGAGAUUGUUUCAACAGAUGAUGAUGAAUAGAACACCUACAUUCCUAGAUGAUGAAGAUGCUGUAAUGCAGCUGGGAAACCUUCUGGAGAGGGAACCAAAUACCACAUUGUUAGUUCUGGAUGAUGUUUGGGAUGACUCACUUGUUCAGAAAUUUGUCUUCAAGAUAGAAAAAUAUAAGAUCCUGGUUACUUCAAGAACUAAAUGUCCAACAUUUGAUGAUAUAUAUUCUUUGAAAAUGCUUACUGAACCAGAUGCCAUGGCACUCUUUCGUCACUCAGCACUAUUUCCUCAGAAUGGGAAUGGGAACUAUGAGGAGCCUGAUUGGGAUCUUCUAAACAAGAUAGUAGAUGGUUGCAAGGGACUACCACUUGUUCUUUCGGUGAUUGGACACUCAUUGCGUAGGCAACCUCCCAGGGUGUGGCAAAGCACUGAGAGGAAGCUGUCAAGUUGCUCCAUUUUUGAGUCCCACAGUGUUUUGCUGCAUAUACUUGGAACAAGCAUAGAUAAUUUGGAGAAGAAGGUUCAAGAAUGUUUUAUGGACUUGAGUUCCUUUCCUGAAGACCAAAGGAUCCCUGCUUCAGCUCUGAUAGAUAUUUGGGUUGAACUCCAUGGAAUAGAUGAAGUUGAUGCUUACAUCAACCUCCAUGAACUUUCCACUAAAAAUCUUGUUAGUCUCAUUGAAAUCUCAAGAGAUGCAGGGGAGAUUGAUGGUAACAUGAAUAAGCUAUUUGUUACCCAGCAUGAUCUUCUUAGAGACUUGGCUAUCUACCGAAGCCGGCAGCAGAGUACAAGGUUAAUCAUGGAGAGAACAGAAGACAGCCUUCUUAAGAGAAAGAGGGAACAAGAGUUCAAUGCACGCCUUGUCUCUAUCCACACAGGUGAAAAGUUCUUGUCAAACUGGUGCAACAUGCAUCUUCCCGAAGCUGAGGUUUUAAUCCUGGAUUUCUUUGCAACUAACUACAAUUUACCCCCAUUCAUGGAGGAAAUGGAGAAGCUGAAGGUUCUAAUUAUAGUAAAUCAUGGACACUACUAUACCCAACUGAAUUGUUUGACAAUACCUAGCUAUUUGUCCCAUUUAAAGAGAGUAAGGUUGGAAAAGGUUUUGGUCCCUUCCCUCACUGAAAUCGCAAUGCCAUUGAAGAACUUGAAGAAGAUAUCAUUGUUCAUGUGUCAAUUUGGCCAAGCAUUGAGUUCUGAGAUCGAUUUUCCCUACAUGUUUCCAAAUCUUGUUGAGAUUGAUAUCGACUAUUGCAACGACCUUGUGGAAUUGCCUCAAGGGAUUUGCAAUCUUGUCCACUUACAGAGUCUCAGCAUAACUAACUGUCAUGAAUUAUCUGAACUACCUGAGAGAAUUGGAAAUAUGAGAGAUUUAACAGUGCUAAGGCUUCAUGCUUGUACAAAGUUGUCUGAGCUACCUGAUUCUUUAAGAGAACUCCAGGUGCUAAGUUUUCUUGAUAUAUCUGAUUGUAUCAAUGUGGAGCUGCCUGAAUGGAUUAGUGAUCUCCGUAGUUUGAGAAAGCUCAACAUGGGAGGGUCCUCAGAACUGAGUGAAUUGCCUUGUUCGGCCGUUAGCCUUGUGAAUCUAAGGAAUGUGAUCUGUGAUGAAGGGACUGCGAAUCUUUGGAAUCGUCUCAAAUGUCAUUUACCUGAGCUGAACAUUACAGUGCGUAAAGACGACAACAACUUAUUCUGGCUUGGUGAUCUCAAGAGCAAACAACUAUGUUCUUGAGGGUGGUUACUAAUAGAAGCAGUAGUUGUUGACAACUUCAGUACAUACCUGUACAUUUUCUUUUCAAUAGAGAUGUGAAAAUCAUUACUGUAUGUUAUUGAAAAUAGAUAUAUUACUCUUUAGAUGCUCUUGAUAGAGUUCAAUUGAUGAGAUUAAUAAUAGCAAGUCUAUUGCUGGUA